AUGAGUCCAUUUCAGGAAUUGCCACGAUCGGGCACAGUCAAGUGUUUUUUCUGCGAUGUUGGUGUAUUCGGCGCGUAUCCAGUGGUGGACCUCCGUCUUUUACCAGAUCCUGGCCACCCCAUUAUGUCCCAUGGAGCUUUGGCUAAACGUGUGAAUUUGGCUCUGCCCGACCACGCUGUGGGUGACAUGUCUGACGAGAUACUGCGCUCUGUGCUGUUUGAAAAGGAUGCAGUAGGCAAUCUUAUACCAGUGCGCAUGCAAGUAUGUUUUCGUGUCUGGUUCUCGUGUAUCGAAUUAAUCAUCACCUAUCGCUUUUCGGUGACCUCGUUUACUGAAGUGACUGUGGAUGGUGAGACUUUGACUACUGCUGAUCUAUGGUUGACAGAUGGAAGAGCGGUCGUUGAAGUGGUUUUGAUGAACAUGCCUGAUGGCAGAGAUUGGUCGGCUUCUACGAAGUGAGU